AAAACCUCUCCAAAUCAUAUUCUGCUGCUUCUCGUUUUCUUCUUCUUUCUUUUCUUCUCAGCUGUGAGCACUCAACAAUCUCCUGCUCUUAAUACAUCUGAAAUCUCGACCGUUAAGAGGAAGAUAAAUCGAUUAGAAUUAUGAUUCAGUUACUGUUCACUUUGAUUUUUUCUGAAAUGGCACUAAUCGUGAUCUUCGUCUUCAAGACGCCAUUAAGGAAGCUUGUUAUAAUGGGGCUUGAUAGGGUGAAGAGAGGACGCGGACCAAUCAUUGUGAAAACAGUUGCUGGAACUGUCUUCGUGGUUAUGAUGUCUACUAUCUACAGUGUUGCAUCGAUCCACUCGCGGUGGGUCGAUGAAGGUGGUGAUAUUACUCCAACUGAUCAGAUUCUUUUUGCUCAACAUCUUCUAGAAGCUUCACUUAUGGGAUUCUCCCUCUUCCUCGCCUUUAUGAUAGAUAGACUACACCAUUAUAUAAGAGAACUUAGUAUGAGGAGGAAAACCAUGGAAGCUGUGAAAAAGCAAAACAGAGCCUUUGAGGAUGGAAAGAGUGGGGCUUCAGAGGAGAUCAAAACUUUGGAGGGAGAGGCAAGUGCAUUGCGUGGAAAAAUUAGGCAGCUGGAAUCAGAACUGGAGGAGAAGACCAAAGAAGAAAUCAGAGCUGAAGCCAAUGCAGGUGCUCUAAAAAAGCAGUCAGAAGGAUUUCUUCUUGAAUAUGACCGCUUACUUGAGGAAAACCAAAAUCUUCGUUCUCAAUUGCAAUCACUGGAUCGUACAUUGUCACGUUCUGAUAGCAAGAAGGUUUCAUAAAGAACCAUGUCCCAGCCCUGUGAAAAGACCUGCAAUUUAUGUGAUGAUUUUGUCAAUACCUUUGUAUCGUCUCUGCUCAAAAGCUGGAUGACAAAGUGUGGGAAUGCAGAGCUCCGAGAGUGUUUGUCAUUUUACUCUAUCAUAGUCGUCAUGUCCUAAAGAAUUCUUCUAUGCAAAAGGGUUUAACAUUAUGAAUACUAGAAUUUUCUUCUUUCAACAUCUAGUCUACUCUAUCAUCAGGAAAUGUGAUCUACCUCUGCUGUCAUUGCCAACUUCGUCCACUAAGACCGCUUUCCAGAAAGUACCCGUUAAUUUGGUGAUGACAUUUCUGUAGCAUUAUUAAACUUUUUAAGAGGCACUUUGCCCCUUUUUGUUGAAUUCUCUCUCCAUUGUAUUUUAACUGUCACUUUAGCCAAAAAAAGUUGUCCUAAAUUGUCAUUUUAGGAAUCCAAGACUAUAAUUGACAAUUGAUUUCAAUUAGACAAGUACUUUCUCUGUC